CAGAGAAAGCCAUCGAAUCGGGUAGAAUUGAAAUGUUCUUAAUGCGGACUUAGAUGAAAGUAGUCUUAUUACAUUUUGCGCAUGCGCCAAACAUGGUGGACAAGAAAUAGAAUCGGCAAGAUAACGAUUAAAACCGGCCAAAUUUCCCGAUUCAUACGUCCAUUUCUCCUCAGAUCAUACACCCAUUAACCGCUAUGUAAUGAUCUCUAACUAUGGAACCUGAAAUAAUUAAUUCAAAAGAGGAGAGACUCGGUGAAGGCAGGAAAAUGCCGACUGAAUUUGAGUCUUGUAAACCGACAGUGCCUGUUGUUCCUGUACAUCAUGUACAUGUGCAUGGAGACAGUGCUGAAGACACAACCUGUAGCUAUGAUCAUGCAAAGUCUAGAAUCAAAACAACAGAUAAAAAGCUUCCAAAUGGAGUUAUACAACAUCAAGUUGAUUCACCCAAAUCUAUUGACAGUAAAACCAAUGUUCAUUUGUUGUCAACAAAAAAGUGCCAAGAUUGUGAUAAAAUGAAAAUAUGCCGAGAUGUGGAUGAUGGUUUGGACUUGGAGUCUCUACAUAUUUCGCCGGCUGGCCCUGAUGUUGAUUAUACUGAGGAGAGUAGUAAAGAUUCUGGCGUUGAGGAGCUUGCAGCAAAGUUAUUGAACUCCCUCAGAGAUGGUGCUGAAAGUGACAAUAGUCCCACAGAAGCCUCGUCUUCUGCAGAAAAUAAGAACAUUGAAAUAGAUACUCUAUUGGGUAUUAAUUAUGUUGUUUAUGAAUCAGAAAAGCAAAUGCCAGAUAUAAUGACAUUAAUCACAAAAGACUUGUCAGAACCGUACUCGAUAUAUACCUACAGAUAUUUUAUUCACAACUGGCCAAAACUGUGCUUCCUUGCCAUGGAUGGGAGCCAUUGUGUGGGAGCCAUAGUUUGUAAAUUAGAUAUGCAUAAAAAUAUGGUCAGAAGGGGUUACAUCGCAAUGCUUGCCGUUGAUGAAAAUUACAGACGGAGGAAAAUAGGUUCACAUCUUGUGCUCAAAGCCAUUCGGGCCAUGGUCAAAGAUGAAUGUGAUGAGGUUGUCCUUGAAACUGAGAUCACCAAUAAAGCUGCCCUCAAGUUGUAUGAAAAUCUAGGAUUUGUUCGAGAUAAGAGACUGUUUCGUUAUUAUCUGAAUGGAGUCGAUGCGUUGCGCCUCAAGUUAUGGCUAAGGUGAAAGUUGGGACAGUUUCUUCCGAGGAGGACCUUGUAAAUUCACAAGGUCUUUUGUGUAGUGUGUAAAAUUAUCCCUGGUCAUUGAAUUGAAGAUAGAUAUAGUCAGACAGACUUUCAGUUUGUGAUCAAGGCCGUGGUUUCAGACGGAAAAAGUCUUGUUCCAUUACCAUGUAAAUGUUGGUUAUGAAAAUACCUUUGUGGCAGAAAUGAAUGUAAUUCCAGUGCCUGCUACUUGGUUAGAUUUUACUGAAUGUUAAACGUGAAUUAUUUUCCCUAUCAUGACAUUAGCUUGUCAAUCAAUAAAAUGAUACCAAUGCAGUUUUGAUGAAUUCAAAUUGUGCUGUCUAGUUUGUUUUCAAAUGAACUUAUGAUGUUUAAAGUUAUUUUGUUGCAUUUGCUUCUUCUUCAGAUUUGUCAAAUUAUGUUACUAAUAUUCAAGAAUACUAAUAAUAAAGCAAGUACUAGGACUGACCGUUGCUGAGAUUUGGUGUUUUUGAGUGUGUUCCAAAUGUAUCUAGCAAGUCUUAUUUAACCACUUGGCCAAGGUUACUACGUUCCUUGUGUAUGGAUAUCUGCAUUAGGCCUACAUGUCAUGCAUCAUUCAAAAUGGCCAUUCGCGCAUGAAUCCUCCACUCGUCUUUAUAUGUAUUUGCUUGAAGGGAAUUUACAGCAAACUGCCAACUUGAAAAAAUGGUUGAUAUCAGUAAAAAACCGAGAUAACAAGUUUACUCACAUGAUUAUCAGACUGUUGACAUAGAAUAAAGUAUCAAUUCCUGAUAAAUUAUGGAAUAGAAAAACCUAUUUCUUCUUGCUAGGUGAAAAAAAGAGAAGUGUAACUGUGGAAUGGCUAACUCUGAAGGACAAAAACCCCAAAAGCAUUGAUGAUAAUUGGGUUGUUUUUAUUGGUUUCAAAGCAUUAUCUUAAUCAUAAAGAAGCUCCACUGCCCUAUCAGUCUUCUCUUGUGUGUUUGUUAAGUGUUAAAGGCAGAGCAGUGUAAAUCAGUACUGGUGGUCAACGCUUAUGCACAUGUACUGUUUAAGGGUUCCUCUGGAGGCCUGCACAAGGAUCAUUCAGAAAAUUUGCAGUUUCUCUACCAACUACGCACUAGUGACAGCCAUCAGAAAUUUGCACUACUCCUCCUAUAAUGACAGCUGUCCAUUCAAAUUUGCCUGCAAGGGUCUUAUGUACAGAUCAUGUGAUAUUCAUGAAUAAAGGAAACAAUGAUAUUUAGAUGAA